AGUCGCUGCGUCAGUGGUCACGUGACGGUCACGCAGCGGCAGCAGGCGGAAGUGAAGCUGCAGUUUGGACAACAAACCGUAGCAGAGAACGUUCAGUAUGACGACGGCGGCUCUGACUGCGGGUCUGGAGCGGAUUCCGGACCAGCUCGGGUACCUGGUCAUCAGUGAGGACGGAGUUCUGGCUUCUGCAGGUGAGCUGGAGAACGAUGAGCACACUGCAGGUGUGAUGAUGCAGAUGGUCCGGACGGCCUGCCGCUUCCGGUUAUCCGGGUCAACCGACGCGCCGUUCAAACGCAUGUCAGUAAUUCUGGAGGAUUUUGUGUACGUAGUGACGAUUUCAGGGCAGAAAGUGUUUGUGGUCAAACGUCAGAACAUCCAGCAUGAACCAAUCAACGUGUAGAACGUCAGCCGGAGCGAACGGGACGAAGGCGAUGGCGUCAUUUUGUGAUUUAUUUUAUUUUUGUUUACGUUGUCUGUAAAAUAAACAGUUUGAAACUUGAUCUUCUGAUUUUACUGCCAGUUUUCUGUGGAAAUUUAAAUGAGAUCCUGAAUCGAGUUACUGAUGAAAUUCAUGAAGUUACAGAAUGACUGACUGUCUCCUAAUGAUGGAAAAAUAGCUCAUUUUUCAUAUAUAUUUCCCCUCUGGUGAGCCAGACUGUUCCAUCUUUAAGAAAUGUCUUAAUCAGUUCUCAAUAGUUUUGUAGGGAUUUUAGUUCAUCUUGGUUGCUUUUCAUAAAGUCCUUAUAGCUUAGCAUAAACUAAACAGACACAUCAAAGCAGAACUCAUUCCUGUUUUUGAACAGAUUCUUGCUUGAACCAGUUCCUGUUUUUGAAGAUUCUUCAUUUUGAACUGAUUCUUUUAAAACUGACUCUUCCUUUGAACUUAUUCCUUUUUUUUUUUUUUACAUAUUGUUCCCUCAAGACUGAUUCCCAUUUUUUUUAAAUAUUCUUUGAACCAAUUCCUGGGUUUGGACAUUUUCCUUUGAGCCAGUUCCUCUUUUUGAAGAUUUUUUGAGCUGAAUGUUUCUUCCCUCUAAACUUAUCUUUAUUUUCGAACAGAUGCUUCCUUUGAACCAAUUCCUAUUUUUCUAUUCCCAAUUCUUCCUCCUGAACUCACUCCAUAUCCUGAACAAACAUAACUCCAAGUGAAUUAUUGAUAUUGGUCAGAUUCUUGAUCAACUAAUUCCUAAUAUUAAAAGUGUGAACUGAUUCCUUGGUUCUUAGAUUACAUCAUAAUCUUCUGAUGAACCGAUCCUAUGUAGGAUUUGUUCAAACUCUCCUUAAAUGAGCUGCUUUUAGUUAAAACCACAUAUGGGAUCAUUUGCAAAUCAAAGUUGGUUCUGAUUAUUGAUCAGCAAGUUAAAUACUGAAAAAUCCUAUUUUUUCUGUUCAUUAAAUGCAUUAAACUCUUGACUAAUUUUAGUCGACAGAUGCUAAA